AACUAGACAAUGUUCGGCUGGUGCUUCUAUCUGUUGUAGUAAGGCGUAGGGAGGACAGUUGUUCAUUGAUGGUCGGGGUGUGAAGGUAAACCUAGCGCACGCUUGGAAGGUGGAUACCCACGGUUGGUUUCUAUGCGUGGCAAAUAACGGAAAUUUCGCUCAUAUACGGGAUAUAAAACAUUUUCGUUUAUGGUUUCUGAAUUUAGUGAAGAUGUGUAAUUAAGUGUUCUCUGGGCAUCAAAGGGAGAAGAAAAUCGUCUACUAUCGUAAUGCCUAUUGAUUUCCCCUCCUUCAUGUGCUCCCAUGAAAAGCUUUCGGAGGGAGCCUAUAUUUACACACACUUGGAAACUAUCAUGAAAGUCGGUACCGGACAACGCUCUGGGUUAUAUCCCAUUUUUAGUGAAUUGAUUUCAAAGAAAUGAGCGUUUCUCAAGGAUUACUAUUAAAUUUAACGCCGUCAUGCCGAGAAAUUCGGCCAUAAAAUCAAUCAUGUGGCUCUAAUCCAGCAUGAUAAAUGAUGCGAAGCUGUCAAAAUGGAGCAUUAUACUUCAUAAGCUGGUGAAUAUUUAUUACUAAAAAAAAGAAAGAGAAAAUUGUCUGAAUUUUUUAUUCUGUUUUCCGCGGAAGUGUAACUUGAGGAUUUCGCAAGUUUUAAUGACAGUCCUUCCGGGAAGUAUGAUUUUAAAUGUGUAACGUCACCAGGGCUCCAGUUGGAGGGGCUGAAUGGUGGUCUUUUCUGGAAGCAUGGCGCGAUCUGGUCACCGGGGGUGUUGUUAUGCUCUUCACCUCCGGGAAGAUAACGCCAGGUUUAUCCUUUUGUUCGUUGUUUUGGGGAUCUACAUGAUUACUGGAGCUGUAGUGUUUAUGAUUCUAGAGCAGGAUAACGAGGUUCUGGAGAAACAGGUGUACCUGGAUAGAUUGGAUACGUUCCUGAGAGCGUACCCGUCCAUCAACAGGACAGAUUUCGACGAGAUUCUUCAGAUUCACGCGGAAGCAGAUUCCGCAGGAUUUGCUGGCACUAAACGACCACGAUGGGAUUUUCCGGGUUCCUUUUAUUUCGUCGGAACCGUAGUAUCAACCAUAGGUUUUGGAAUGACAACACCUCGAACUGUUGCUGGAAAGAUAGUUCUUAUAUUCUACGGAUUCUUCGGUUGUGCUGGAACCAUUCUCUUCUUCAAUCUGUUUCUGGAGCGAAUCAUCACAUUCCUCGCCUAUAUAUUACGAUCCAUCCACGAAAGAGAGUUAAAAAGGAAAGGAUUAGCCAAUGGAUCAAAUGACUCCAGACGUGGUUCUCAGGUGUCUGAUGAUGACAGACUUGACACCUGGAAACCGUCGGUCUACUGGGUAAUGUUGAUACUGUUUUUAGGGGCUGUCAUAGUGGCCUGCUGUGCCUCUGCAAUGUACCACCCUGUAGAAGACUGGACUUACUUUGAAGCCAUUUAUUUUUGUUUCGUAACAUUUGCAACGAUAGGAUUUGGGGAUUAUGUUGUAAGUCAAAAAGAAAGUUAUCCGAACGUGCACCUCUACCGGUUCGGAAACUUUAUAUUCAUAGUAAUAGGUUGUUGUUGUAUAUACAGUCUGUUUAAUGUGGCAUCCAUCGUCAUAAAACAACUCCUAAACUGGAUCAUCAAAAAACUGAACUGUAGGUGCCGGAGGAGGAAAAAGUCGAAAGGUCGCCGAAAUGCAAUUACGCCGGGUCAUAUCCACAGAGGGUCUAAAAUGAACAAGUCAAAGGCCGUGACUGUGGAGUGUGAUAGCGAUUCGGACGGUAGGCGAAACUCGGACGAAAUGAUUUCAAUGAGGGAUUUCCUUCAAGCUAAUAAAAUAUCUCUCGCCAUGAUGCAAAAACAGCUUUGGGAAACAUCACAAAGAGGAAUGAACUCGUCUAAUGGAAGUGGUUUCCAGGGCCCAGUGGGACCAUUGGCCAUUCUCAACAGAAAGCUAGGUCAGGAGGAAGUGUGAGUGACCCAGCACGAGACUCAUGAUGAAAGAUGAGCGUAUAGGUAAACUCUAAAAGGUCGUAAACAAGGUCAGGAAAUGGCGUCCCAGAACGCUAUUAACCCGAUAUGCGGACAGCUCAGGUUUACAAAGGCAAUUAUAUUGUGAUUUUAUGUGGUUAUUUAAAAAAAAACAAUCGGAAUUUAACUGCUGAAAGUGGUGUCAGAUAUAAAAGGUCCAAGUCUUUUAAAGUGUGUUCCAAUGUAGUCGCGGUGAAUUAAUUCUGCACUCAUUCAAACACCAAUACCUUUAUGUUUCCCGUUAGAGUGCAGCAUAACGCUGUGCCUGUGUUAGACAAUAGACUAUCCAAAUGGCCAAUGUGUUGUUACUCGCAUUUGGAUUAAUAGAAAGCUUUUCCCUAAAUUCCAAUUUAGGUGUAGUGUUACAGAUAAAAAUAAGUUUGUUCAAGGCUGUGUAAAAGGAAAUCCUCAAUCAUUCCAAAUACUGCAACCCUGCUACUCAGUAUAACAAAGGGAUUCGUUACAUACAAGGUGCGCUGUUCUUCGGUAUGAGGGCAAUUUGAGAAUGUUCUAAAUUGUAUAAGUUCAUAUAGAGUAUAUCGACUUGGUGCAAAGUGAUGUUAAGAUGGCUGCCAUGAGCUGAUGAACGAAGGGUAGUGCUGACCGUUCGACAGAUGGCUAAUGAUCAAGCCUUAUCUUGAAAAUUGUACCCAAGCCUUAUACAAUCAUAUACGCAUAUAUCUCCUACACAUCGCCCACUCACACAUUGCACCAGGGUUUGGCGCGGAAUGAAGAGAUAUAUACCAAAACGUGCCUAUCUUCUGCUCUCGUGUAUAAUACCAAUAUCGCUGGUCCGAAGGUAUCUAAAUUUGGCUUUUGUGAUACAAUACCCAUAACUAUGGCAACUUAUAAGCAUGUAAAUCAUUGAUAUAGUGCGCAUCAGAAAAACCGCGAUUCCAGUCGUAAAGUCAUGUUUUUAUGUAGACAGGGCGGGAAUAGAUCAAUCUAGAAGAGAACUGCUUCCAUCAACGAAUUUGUUGUUCGUCGGAAACUAGACACAUAUUCUUCACAGAAUGCCUUAUACCACAGCGCCCCUGUAUCCGAAAGUAUCAGUGGUCAUAUGAUGGAGUAACAUUGAUAUACGGCGCUUCUGGUGUAUUCACCUUCAAAUGGAAAGCGUCAAAGCUACCACGAUCGAUGAAUAAGUGUUUAAACUACCACGCUCGGUAAGCAAUCGUCAAGGUCACCACGAUUGGUAAAUAAGUGUUUAAACUACAACGAUCGGUAAGCAAUCGUCAAGGUCACCACGAUUGGUAAAUAAGUGUUUAAACUACCACGCUCGGUAAGCAAUCGUCAAGGUCACCACGAUUGGUAAAUAAGUGUUUAAACUACAACGAUCGGUAAGCAAGCGAAAAGGUCACCACAAUUGGAAAAUAAUGGUUAAUACUACCACAAUUGGCAAACAAGUGUCUGGGCUACCACGAUGGUUAGUAAGUGUUAAAACUACCACAAUUGGUAAACAAGUGUCAUGGCUACCACGAUCGGUAAAUACGCGCUAAUGUUAUACCACGGUGUGCAAAAGUUUAGAUGUUUACUUUUGUGUGUAAAAGAAUUGACGUCAAAUUUAACACAAUGAGUGAGACGUCAUGCGAAACGUUUAUCAUGGCGUAUGUCACGUGUUUCGACUGUAUUACUGUGUGUACAUUCCGUCUACUACGAGGUGAACAGUCAUGUCUAACGCCAUUUGAUUGGACUGCUAAACGGUAAAAUGUUAUUUUCAGACAGUUUGUGAACGGACCUAAGCUCGAAGGUUACCACUGUCCACUACGCUAGCACCACGUGGGAGCGGUUCACUCACUGCAUCUACGUGAUGGCGCUCUCUAUGGCCUACACUAUUCCUAGAGCAUACCUAUAAGAAAAUAAAUUUAAUCAAACUACUUAUAUAUUUCCUAUUACAUUAACCCAGGGAGAAAUGUCAGUGAGCAAUUGACACUGUUGUAUAGCCCGAUUUUCUUUCUAUUUUCUUACAUUUGUCUUGUGUGUGAAUGAUGAACGUAUGGAUGAGUUUCGAUACCGAUGUGUAUGAUUUGUAAGUUUAUGCGUACGUAGUUGUUUGAUGUAUCACUACCAUUCCACGGAUUUUUUUAUUGGAGUUAAUGGCAAAAAAAUAUUUGAUUUGGUUUGAGGUCAGAUAUGCUUACGUAUUUUCACCAAACUUAAUAUAUGGUUCUCCAAUGAUAAAUGUUUAGCCUCCACAAAAAAAUCAAAGUCGUGCAUUCCGCAAUAAAUAUUGUUCACAGAUGUAAAAAAAAAA